AUGGGAAGCUCUAAUAUUGUUCUAGUUUUCUCUCUGCUGUUCAUGCACGCAGGCUCAACAUGUCAGUUGCGUGGUAAAUUUGAAAUGCCUAAUAUUUUUAAAGCAGGGGAAAUUAUGAUUGGAGGAAUUUUUCCCAUUUUUAAUAAACAAGAAAAUGUUAUUGCCUCUUUUGAGAGAAAAAUGCGAAUGAUUAAUUGUACAGGAUUUGACCUACGUGCCUUCCGUUGGACGCAAGUCAUGAUGUUUGCAAUAGAUGAGAUAAACCAAGAUGAGGGUUUGCUUCCUAACAUUUCUUUGGGCUAUAAAAUAAUGGAUUCUUGUGCUUCCCCCACUAAUGUUUUACGUGCGGCAUUCACACUGGUGAGUGAGCAGAGGGAAGAGGAAUCUACAACUCAGUGUCACCUUCCGCUUACAGCUCUUGUAGCUGAAUCAGGCUCAUCACAGUCCUUAGCUGUUGCCGGAACACUUGGACCAUUCAGAGUGCCAAUGGUGAGUUACUUUUCAACAUGUGCAUGUCUGAGUGAUAGAAGAAAAUAUCCAUCAUUUUUCCGUACACUUCCAAGUGACUACUACCAAGCAAAAGCCUUGGCCUCUCUUGUAAAACGAUAUGGAUGGACUUGGGUUGGAGCUGUGCAGUCUGACAAUGAUUAUGGAAAAAAUGGGAUUUCAGCCUUCUCAAAGGAAGUGGAAAAAAUGGGAGUUUGCAUUGCAUUUGUAGGCACAAUUUUAAGGACAUAUCCCCAAAGUAAAAUCAUUGAAGUGGUUGAAUUAAUAAAACAAUCUACAGUAAAAGUGAUCCUGGCAUUUGUGCCAGAGGGAGAUCUCUAUCCUCUAAUGAGAGAAACAGUGAAACAAAACAUCACAGGAAUCCAGUGGAUUGCAAGUGAAGCCUGGGUAACUGCAGCAAGGCCCUCUACCCCUGAAAUGUUCAAGUCUUUUGGAGGCACAGUUGGAUUUGUGGUACGAAAGAUGGCUAUGCCCAAACUUGGAACUUACCUGAAAAACAUCAGUCCUUACUUUCCUUUACAAUCCACUUUUGUCAGUGACUUCUGGGAAACAAUGGUUGGUUGUAAACCAUGUCUUAAUUGUGAACCCCUGCCAUUUGCAAAUGUUACACUCAACAGCCAAAUGUGCACAGGAGAAGAAAAACUAAAUUACACAGACAAAUUCUUUGACGUAACACAAGUAAGAGUAACAUAUAAUGUGUAUCAAGCUGUGUAUGCAAUUGCACACGCUAUUCACAAAUUGUUGUUUUGCCAAAGAGAUAAAAAUAAUGUUUUGAGACAGUGCCUAAAUGUAUCACAGAUAACUCCAAAAUUGGUCAGCGAUCACUUACAGAGGGUGAAUUUUGUAGAUGAGUAUGGAGAAAAUGUGUUCUUUGAUGAGAAUGGAGACCCACCUGCAUCAUACGAGGUGAUAAACUGGCAGCUAAGAGGUGGAGAGGUACAACAUGUAAUUGUGGGAUAUUUCAGUACAUCUACAGAUGGAACAUAUAAACUUACAGUUAAAGAGGACAAAAUCCACUGGAACACAGGAAAUUUGAUACCAAAAGCAGUGUGCUCAGACACCUGCCCAAAUGGCACAAGAAAGGCUCAAAUAAAAGGACGGCCUGUUUGCUGUUUUGACUGCAUCCCAUGUGCUGAUGGUUCAAUAUCAAAUACAACAGGAGCAGCAGACUGCAUUCUUUGUCCUGAAGAAUACUGGUCAAAUGAGAGACGAGACAAGUGUGUCAUGAAAAUGACAGAGUUUCUGUCUUAUACAGAAACGAUGGGGAUCAUUCUGACUGCUCUAUCACUAUUUGGAGCCAGCCUUAGUGUAGCGACUAUGAUUAUCUUCAUGCGCUUUAGAGAAACGCCUAUAGUGAAAGCUAACAAUUCAGAGCUGAGCUCACUAUUACUUGUUUCACUGUUCUUUUGUUUUCUUUGUCCUCUUACAUUCAUCGGUGAGCCAACAGUGUGGUCAUGUAUGUUACGUCAUACAGCAUUUGGUGUUACUUUUGCUCUCUGCAUUUCUUGUGUUUUGGGGAAAACCAUAGUAGUUGUUACUGCUUUCAGAGCCACAUUACCAGGAAAUAAAUUGGCUGGAAAGUUUGGGUCAGUACAACAAAGAGUCAUUGUGUUCUCAUGCACUGCAAUUCAGAUAGUCAUCUGUGUUCUAUGGCUUAUAAUAAGCCCACCAUUUCCUGAUAAAGCUCUGAAGUAUAACAAUAAAAAGAUAAUUUUAGAAUGCAACACAGGCUCAGAUGUAGCAUUUUAUGCAGUUUUAGGAUAUAUUGGUAUUCUUUCAGCAAUCUGUUUGAUUUUGGCCUUUUUAGCUAGAAAAUUACCAGAUAAUUUUAACGAAGCCAAAUUCAUCUCGUUCAGUAUGCUUAUAUUUUGUGCUGUCUGGGCAACAUUUAUACCUGCUUAUAUUAGUUCACCUGGCAAGUACACAGUUGCAGUAGAGAUUUUUGCAAUUUUGUCAUCUGCCUUUGGUUUACUGUUAUGUAUAUUUGUGCCAAAAUGUUACAUUAUUCUCAUUAAACCAGAGAGAAAUACUAAAAAACACUUGAUGGGGAAAUUUCAAAAGACUAGUCUCUGA